GUCACGGCGAGAGGAAAGAACCAAACCAAACGGAGCGGGUCUGAGUCUCCUCAGUCCGGGCUGAAAGUUCUGGAGAGUCCAGCACCAGUGGCCGCAGCAGGGUCAGCAGAAACCAGAGAGCGGAAUGAACCAGACACUCCGACGUUGUUCACUUUUAUUAUUUUAAUUUUAACUCGCAGACCGACUCUGUUCGCUUCAGCUCCGGAUAUCCCACCAAAGAAGAACGGGUUUCAGUUUUAGUUUCACUCCACAGGUUGUUUCUCUCGAUUUAUGACCAGAGAAACAACUUGAGUUUGAUCUGAAGCCACAUUAAAGAGGAAGACUCCAAAAACCACCAGCUGACGGACGGACGUGCGGUUGCGCAACCGAAGAAGGGAAAACGAGGCGCCUACGUCAUCGCCAGUCCUCCCAGCACCUCAGAGACUGGUCCCAGUGAACCGAACUCUGCUGCUCCAACAGAACCGGACCUUCAGCUCGGCUAGACUGGACUGGGUUUCUACUGGUUUCCUGUGACCCUGCAAUCCGGACCAGUCCGUUUAUUUAAAGAUGAGUAUGGGCGUGGCCACCACCAGGAGUCAGCAGUGUCUGAAGAGGCUGUUGGCGGAACCUCAAGACCAUUUACCAAAAUGUAAACAGGCUCGUUUGGACCCGCCUCCUCCCUCCAACGGCUUAUCGGCGUACCUCAAGCCGACAAACUCUGUCCCCAAAUCCAACCCGAGCCAGUCCCCGUCCAGAGUCGGACCGUACCUCCUUCAUGAAAGCUGUGAGGAGGAGGAGACGUAUAGGGCUGUGCAUGCGAGCACGCAGGAGCAGUACACCUGCCAGGUACUCCCUCUGCGUGGUUACCAGGAACGUUUGGCAGCCUACAGUCGCGUCAGUAAACACGAAAACAUCUGCGGACUGCAGGACGUGGUCAUCGCUCGAGACAAAGUGUACGUCUUCCUGCCCAGCCAUUAUGGCAACAUGCACGCGUACGUGCGCAGCAGAAAACGUCUGGACGAAGAGGAGGCGGGGCGUCUGUUUGCUCAAAUGCUGAACGCCGUGGCUCACUGCCACCACCAAGGAGUCAUCCUGAGAGACCUCAAGCUCCGGCGCUUCGUCUUCAAAGACAAAUACAGGACUCGUCUGGCCCUGCUUGGCCUGAACGACAGCGUGCUUCUGCACGGUAACCCUGAUGACGAUUUUCUAACGGACAGGCACGGCUGUCCCGCCUACGUUGGUCCUGAGCUGCUGACCACUGGGAACAGGUCUUACUCGGGUCGGGCUGCGGACAUCUGGAGCUUGGGCGUGUCUCUGUACACCAUGCUGAUUGGACGGUACCCUUUUCAGGACACGCAGCCCGCCGCCCUGUUUGCAAAGAUACGCCGCGGGGUGUUCAGUGUGCCCAACUGGCUGUCGUCACAGGCGAGGUGUCUGAUUGGCUGCAUGCUGAGGAAGGAACCUGCUGAGAGACUGACGGCGUCAGAGCUGCUGAUGCACCCUUGGCUGACCAAUCCUCUUGUGCAACAUCACAACGCAAACAAGACGCAACACAACCAAAGCACAACGCACAACAAAGAGGAUGAUGACCAAGUGGUGCCAACAUGGACAGAAAAACACUAACAUCUUUACACACGGUGUUUUUUUUGUGUGUGUGUGAGAGCCUGCACUGAUGCACUGCCUGACAAAAAGUCAAUAUUAAAUGUUUAAUUGGACCAAAUCUUUCAUUCGUUGUGACAUCAGCUGUGGCAUCAGUUGAUUCAACGUGAUGUUUUUACACAAGAAGUCUUGAAGAUGAACAUGGCACUGUUAGGGCACAAUACAAAAAAUGUAAAGGUCGAUCGGUGGUGGCUAAUCCAUGGGAAAAAGAAAUGACACCCCCACAAUAAGUGAAACACAAAGUAGAAACACUAUAUUUAUUUUUGUAUUUAAGUAUAUUUUAAGGCUUUAUAAAUCCUUCCCACACUCUUGCAAUGUUCUAAACUCCUACGUAGUUGUAACAACUUGUGUACUGCACAGUAGCUACGUUCUGCAAACAAAACCACACAAUGGUCCCGAUCGAGUCCAAAUCCAGAUUUUAAAAAGUCCUGGUGAGUGCCGAAGAAAACACCGGACCUCUAAGCUACGCCUCCCCGCUGGCAAGCGGCGCUCAGAUUGACAGAUGAUGCAGGAAGUCCGGUUCUGGUCCAAUUCUCAGUCGGUUCGGUACGGCUUUCUGCAUCCACCGAGCGCCGAAGUCACUAUGAAUAAAACCCGAACUUUUUCGGAUCAGAUCAAAACUUUUCCUUCGUUUCAGCAGAAAGCAACGGCUAGAAGCACUGUUGGCUUCUGGGAAAUGCAGUCCUUUUGAGUGGCGAUACGGCGUAGGCUUAUUGAGAGAAAACUACAAAAUGGCGGCAUCUGUCAGAAGUAUUUUUUCGUUAACUUUUUACUGUAGCCCUACUGUUCCAAUCGCGUAAUAUUGGACCGUGUUUCGUGUACAGUGUUCAAUCUUUUUUUUUGAGCAUGAGCAUCGUGAUGUUCGUCACACCACUGGAACUUUUUCCAUCGCUCCAAAAUCCAGUUUUAUGCUUCCAAACCAAUUUCAAUGGUUUAUUUUUUUAAUCUGUUAAGCUACAAAGUGGUUGACGCUUUUUAGAAAAUGAUUUUCUCCUCGACUACUUGAGCAUGGUUAACGUUUUCCCACCAUAAUCCAAAGGUUUUAAUAAUGUGUCGAGCAGUUCUUAAUCUAAUUUUAGUUGUUUCGGUAACUCCAGGUUCUGUUCGCUUCGUGCAGCUCCAUGAUUGGACUCUUCUGAAAUAGUAACAUCUAUGCCACAAGUUGUGCAUUCCAUAUUCCGUAAUAACUUUUAAAAGUUGACUAUUUGCGCAGGCAGUGUAGACUCCCGAUUUAUGAACAAAAGAUUAAUUCCUGCUUCAAGCCUGAAACAUUUCUCCAUAAAGGUGUAAAAACUCACAAAGAUCUAUUUGUUAUCUCAAAUGUACUUUUACAUGAAGUGACAAACACUACCAAGUGUAUAAUCCUGGAUUACUUGAACUUCAAGUGCCUUCCUCUUGCAGCUUUCACGUUUUUUUGUUGUUGUCUCGUCUCUUUCAGACGGCGGGGGCUCAGAUAACUUCUUGAGAUGUCAACCUGCUCUCUCUGAAUUAUUGAUGCUGCAUAAGUAAUACAUUUUUACACAUGACUACCACACAGGAGUGUUCAGGAGCAUGUCUUCAACUUUAGAAAUGUUCAGUAGUACUGUGAGCAGCUUCAUGGUAAAUGUACUUUUCUUACACUUGCCCAUUUUUUUAUUUACCGUAGGUACCGGUAGUCUUGUGCUUAAAGUUGAUGCUUAUAAAGUCCUUGGUUUUGCUCCUCCAUAUUUGUAUCUCCUGCAGAUCCUCACAUUGUGAUGUUUUAGUGAAAUUUAGCCCAUCAAAAGUUAAAAACACAAAGUGACUGAUAAACAUUUAAAUAAGUUUUACCCAUAAACAUUUGUUGUGUACUUCCACUGACAGCUAAUGGGUGUUAAAAACUCCCGAGUGACUUAAGUUGAUACCAGUUUUUAAAUAUUGUGUUUAUGGAAAAUUGAAUUAGCUCGAGUGCCGUGUUGGAAUUUAAUGCAAAAAGUAGAAAAAACACCAAAUAAUAAAAAAAAAAAACUAAGACUUUAAAGGAGGCACCAGCUGAAAUGGUUUUAAUUUGUUUACAUUUUUUAAUCUUUGCAGCAUUUAGCAGAAGAAAAUAAUAAUUUUGGAAAGUCACCAGCAGAGAGCACUUGAAUAAAAAUAAUAAGAAAAUAAUAAGAAUCUGAGAGAAGUUUUACAGAGAUUAAUUAUCGUAAUUUCCAGACUAUUGAGCGCACCCGGAUAUAAGCCACGCCCAGAAAAUUUUAAAAUAAAUUAUAAUUUUGUACAUACAUAGGCUGCGCUUGUUUAUAAGCUGCGGGUGUUCACGUUGUAACAUGAGAUAUUUACACAGAAAGAUUUUUUUAAAACUUUUUAUUAAAUACGUAUAGUAAAUGUUUUAUUCUAACACUGCUGGUUAAAAAUAAAUAAAUAAAUUAGCUGCAGCAUUGUAUAAACCAUGAUGUUCAAAGCGUGUGAAAAAAGUAUUGGCUUAUAAACCGGAAAUUACGGUAAUUCGACAUCAGUUUAAAUACUUUAGUCUUGGAUGAUCCCAGUCAGUAAAUCUUAAACUAAAAGAGAGAAAUGUUUAUUUUUUUUUUCAAGCAUUAAAUUUUUACAUCACAGCUAUUAAAACAUUUCCCCCGUCUUGUUAUUUUUAUGGCACAUUUAAAGAAUACUUUUAAGAUUCUUGUAAAGUAUUUUUGCUUGGACGUAAACCGAACGCAGAAAGGUGAAGAAUGAAGUGUUUCUGUCACGUCACAUGAACUUCAGAGCAACUUUGGAACAUUUAAAGCUGAAGAACAGAUCUGUGACCAAACAGAAGGUUUACAACUUAAGCGAUUUUAAUCUUGAGAUACCUCUGAAGUUAUUUAUCGUUUGUCACCUUUGACUGAGGCUUCAGAAUCAGACCUGAAGCCUGUUAACAAUAUUUUUUUUGUGUGUGUGUUUCUAUUUUGACUGCUAAUAAAG